AUGGCCACAGUUGAAUUGAAGAAAACCCCCACGGAACCAACUGAUCAGGACGUAAGUCUGUCGGAUAUAGUAAAUACUAGUGUCAAUUUCAGACUGAUGAUGUGAAGUACGCUAAGAGUCUUGGAAGCAAGGCCUUGGUUGGAGUUGCGACUUACCCAUUGACCUUUGCCAAGACCUUGUUCCAGCUCGGCUAUGAACCUUAUCCAUUGAGCACUGGCCGAGUUUUUAUCGCCUUCGGCCGCGAAGCCUACUUUCUUCCAAAUGCCCUGAAGUACAGUGAGUUGUUUAGAGCAUGAUAGGAACUAUUAUGAAUUAUUUUUUCAAGAGAGAUUUUUUUUUGAAUAUCACCUAGUGUAAUAUAAUAUUUUCAGUCCGCAAUAUCUACGUUGAACAUGGCGCUCUGGCCCUUUGGAGAGGAGCCGAAGCCGGCUUCGUCGGCACUUUGGUUGGUGGAACCGCUUCCUAUGUGUUUGAGAAGUACAUUGAUGAAUAUUAUCCGGAAAUUGGAGGGAAGAACGAUAAUGUUAAAAAGGCUGAAGAGGAAUUGGACGACUAUGAAAGCUUCCAGGUCCAUUUCAGAACUGCCAUCAGGCAGACUUUGACUCACACUGUCGGCUUGAUCGCUCAAAGACCAUUGACUGGUAAGAAAAUAAAAUUUUUGCGCAGUGCAGCGCAGAUUUUUUGAUUUUUUUGCGGUGUGCAAUGUCAUAAUGGAUUUUUAGAAAAAUUAUUUUUUUAUUUUUAGUCUUGAUGGUCCGUGAAAUCGCCCAGCACAUUGGCGGAGAGUCUAAAUAUCCCAACUUUUUCACUGGAAUCCUCCGCGUCGGCGAAGAAGAAGGCCCUGGCGGACUUUUCUCGGGCCUAAUUCCUGCUCUGAUCACCGACUUCAUCUUGGUUUGGGGAGUGAACACUCUCUCAUAUGCCGCUGAACGUCUCCUUUUGCACGCCGAGCGCAACAACAAGGACGAUAAACAGGCGGUGGACACAAUUCGGAACUUGAGGAAAGUGACGAAUGUCCUGGUGCCAUUCGUCGUCUCCGGCUGGUCAUAUCCGUUCGCUGUGUGCUCUACAGUUAUGUCUGUGACUGGAUCAAAGUGAGUUUGAGGCAGGGGAGAGGAUUUGGAUAUUGUUUUAGGUCUGGGUAAAAAUUUGGUCUUGAGAAAAAAAAUUUUUGGUCGUAAUUUUGUUAGUUUCGCGCGGAAAAAAUGGUUUUUUGUGAAAGUUUCAUACCUAUUUCUACCUUUACGGCAGAAAUAGGUAUGAAACUUUUAGUCCCGAAAUUCGGUAAAAAGUCUCAAAUUUUCGCCGACUUUUGAUCUAAAAAUCUCGGUGAUACUUGGUGUUUAUCAGAGAUUUUUAUCAAUUUCAUACCUAAUUUACCCUAUUUCAGCUUGGUAGUCUCCCUCCUUCCUUACGCUCCCCUCCAUGGCCAUUGGACCGACGCCUAUCACUACUUGAAGCCCCAUGGCCUCCAAAGAGGAGCCCGCCUCUUCCUCCGUGAACAAAAGGGUGCCGUCAGCGUCGGCGCCGACCAUCAGCUCUAUGCCAGCAACAAGUUCUUCAUCUAA